AGGAGAUUCGCCCAGCCCAAUUCGCUGCAUUAGUCGAACACUCCAUCCGUGGCCGUCCGCCUUGCGCUGCUCUCCUCGCCAACUUCUAUUAUCGUGAACGUUCGGAUCGGACAGCGAGCAGAUCAGAAGAGAAUUGUUGCCGGCCGGUUUUUUGGGAGAGAGGACUAGGAAGCUGGCAGGAAUACGGACUUUCGUUUUCCACGCGUUACCAUCAUGGAGAGCGGCUACGAUUCCGACGUCGGAUCGGAUAAUAAUGGCGGACCCGACUCGGAAGCGCCAGAAGCGCUCGCCUCAGGCUUUCCAUUAGGGCUUGAGCCGGUUGACCUGGGUACGGAGGCUAAAGGUGGAACAGCAGGGAUUGCGAAGGGCGAGUCGGGAGUCCGGGAGAGGACGCUGCUAGCGUUGAAGGAAGCGCUGAAGCGUGAAGGGGAUGACAUCAUCGAGAGUCGCCUGCGCCCCGUGGUGUCGAUGCUGGAGCAGGCGCACCGCUCCUACCGCGCGCUGCACGCGCGCUACGAGAGGCAGCGCGCGGAGCACGAGCGCCUGCGCGGGUACGCGCGCGUGCAGGAGGUGCGCGUGCUGGCGCUGGGGGAGGAGCUGGACGCGCUCGAGGUGCGCAUGAAGAGAGACGGCCCCACGGCGGCGCUUGAUUGGCUGCGAUCGCGGGAGAGGAGCCGGAAAGCAGCCAUUGAGGACGACGACUCUAAAGAACAACUUGUUCCUACUGCGAAGACCGAAGACGCCUAUGCUGCUGCCGCGGUAGGGGCAACGGCGGGGGUCAGUACGACUAGCAGUGCUACUAGUGACUCGACCAGUGGUGGAAACGUGCUUGAUCCUGGCGUUGAAUCCACGGCGAAUGACUCCGUCGGAUCCGUUGAACGCGGUGGGCCCACCACAGCGGUGAGCGACGAGUGGGAGUUGGUGUGGGAGGACGCGAUAGAGGCAAUGAGCAGGAGAGAGCGAGACAGCUUGCUUCCACACGCCCAUCGUGUAACGACUAGGAGAACCGACCGUGGGUCGUUCGCAGCGGCCUCGGAGCCCGCCGACGCUGCUGGCAGUUCCUCACCCACUCCGAGUAGCAACCACGGUGCCGCUGCCAGCAUCGUGCUGGAAGAACAGCCGCCUCUCCCCACGGCCCGUGCCACUGCCGCUGCUCCGUUCUGUCAGACGGGUGCGCAAGAGCAGGCGGGAGGAGCGGUGCCCGAGGGGCCGCAGGCAGCGACUAGGGGGUUCGAGGGCAAGGAGGAGGCAGGUGGAACAGGAGGGCUGCCAGAGGGGCUCCAGAUAGAGAGUAAGGGGUUAACAGAAGGAGAGCAAGGAGGAAGAGAGUCAGGUAUAACAGGAGGGCUGCCAGAGGGCGCGUCAGUGGAGGAGAGUCCUGAAACGAAGACGCAAGGCAAUGAGAAGCGGGCCGGGGCGGAGGGAACGGGGGAGUUUAUUGGGGAGGAGGAGGCGAAGAAGGGCCCUUUUGGGGAGGAGGAGGCGAAGAAGGGCCCUUUUGGGGAGGAGGUGAGACGUUCGUCUGGUGAUCAGCUGUGGCCUGCUGAGCGUGAGGCGGUAGUGGCGGCAGAAGCGAGAGGCAGCGGGGAUUCCACCGUGGAGGGAGGAACAGUCGUGGAGGGAGGAACAGUCUCGGCCACGCAGGCCAAAUGGGAGGCACUCACUGCCAAGGCGGCGGCAGAGGGUAGCAAAGCGGACGAUGCGCUCAAGAGUCCGGGCCACGCGGCACGCAGCAGCAGCAGCCGGGGGUCGGGUCGCGGUGAGCGGCACAGCCGGCGGCCGAGCGUGGUGGAGAUAGAGGAGGUCAUCGAGCCCCUGCCUGGCUCCCCUGAUGCCUCUGCCUCUGCUGCUGCUGCUGGUGCUGCUGGUAAAGCGGAAGGAGGGACGAUUGGCGAUGCGGGGAAGGAGGCAUGGCGAGGAUUCCAGGGAGCAGCAAGUCCGUUCAGCUCCCCUCUAUCCACUGCUGGCAGCAGCGCCAGCAUGGAGGUGAAUGAGGGAUCUCCUGGGCCUUACGGGCGGUCUGGGCCAUCUGUGGCGUCCGUGGCGUCUGUGGCGUCUGUGGCAUCAUCGCCGGGUCUUUCACUGUCUACCCCUGGCGCGUCUCUCCUUCCUGGCAACUCGAGUCCCUUACCCACUCCAGGCCGCCCUCUCCAUGCAGCCCGAGGCAGCCCCUGCUCCUCCCAGCAGUGGCAUGGAGCUGGGGGCAUGAAGUGGGAGAGACUUCCUGAGCGGUCUGAGCUUCCUGAGGGCUUCUCUGAGGGCUUUUCUGAGCGCCCUGAGCGCUCUGAACGUCCUGGGCUGGACAAGAGAGCAACUUCAGACCUUGCGAUGCAUGAAGGGGGUGGUUUGGAGUGGGGUACGGGCAGUGAGUUGACGAGGAGGGCGACGGCGGGUGAGGCUGGCUUGUGGGCCUGUCGCAGUGUGGGGGAGAAGGGUGGUGGCAGUGGCACGGAGGGAGAUGCGAGCUAUGGUGCUGCGGAUAAUGGUGGUGAUAGUGGUGGAAUUGCUGAGAGGGAUCCUCCCCCACAAGGCUUUCUUGGUCGGGUGGUGGGCGUGCUGAGGGAGGAGGCGGCAAAGAACGUGGACAGGAUCAGCGAGAAAGGGAUCAUGGCCAUUCCUGGAGCAACGGGGGGGUUUUACUAUGGCCUGGUACGACGAUCUCUCGGGGGCUCAUAGGCUUGCCAUGGGGAAUGCUCCCCUCGAUUGAUUUUAAGAAAUGUUGCCAGGUGUUUGACAUGAGAAGUUGGAAGUGAGACGAGUAGAAUCAAAGCAACCUGUUCUAGUUGUCUAACUUGUACAGCUUAAAGCCGUUGACCCAAAUUGCAGAAAUUUUGUUUCAAGUUUAUUAAUCUUGAAACUGCCCUUCUGGUAACCCAGUUCCGCAAAACGAGAGGGAAAACUAAGA